AGUUUAUGGCCCAGGGCAUCUCCACAACUAAACCACUCAAAAAGGCGAGUGUACUUCUGGAGGAAACUUGAAGAUUGAUUCUCUCCUCUUAGACAGCCACCCUUGGCCUAGAAAUGGUUGGCAUGCAGCCGAAAGACAUGGUGCCUUCUGGGGCAGUCAAGUUCUUUGGAGCGGGAACUGCAGCCUGCAUAGCUGACCUCGUCACCUUUCCACUGGACACUGCCAAAGUCCGAUUACAGAUUCAAGGAGAGUCUAAUGCAGCCAAAGGAGCCGGUGCCACAAAGUAUCGAGGAGUGUUUGGCACCAUCACCACUAUGGUACGCACAGAGGGGCCAAGAAGUCUCUAUAAUGGACUGGUGGCAGGACUCCAGAGACAGAUGAGCUUUGCCUCUGUCCGAAUUGGCCUUUACGACUCCAUGAAGCAGUUCUACACUCGAGGCACUGAAAGUGCUGGCAUUGUUACCCGGCUCAUGGCGGGCUGCACCACAGGAGCCAUGGCGGUUGCUUUCGCACAACCUACAGAUGUGGUGAAGGUGAGGUUCCAAGCUCAGGUACGACUGGCAGACGGUGGGAGGAGAUACAACAGCACCAUGGAAGCCUACAAGACAAUCGCAAGAGAUGAGGGAGUUCGGGGCCUUUGGAGAGGCUGUAUGCCCAACAUCACCCGCAACGCCAUAGUGAACUGUGCAGAGCUGGUGACCUACGACAUGAUCAAAGAACUCAUCCUGAAGUACGACCUUAUGACAGAUGACCUGCCGUGUCACUUCACUGCAGCCUUCAGUGCAGGCUUUUGCACAACAAUUGUUGCUUCUCCUGUGGACGUGGUUAAAACACGGUUCAUGAAUUCAGGGUCUGGUCAAUACAGCAGUGCUAUCAACUGUGCUCUAUCCAUGUUCAAAAAAGAAGGACCAACGGCCUUCUAUAAAGGGUUCAUGCCUUCUUUUCUGCGACUGGGCUCCUGGAACAUUGUGAUGUUUGUGAGCUAUGAACAAAUCAAAAGAGGGAUGACCAGGACACAGCAGUAUUGGGAGUCACCGUUUUGAGCUUGUUGCUUGUUGGACUUUUUCCUCGGACUAAACUGCAA